AGAAUAAAGCACCAAUUAAAUUUUGCGAAAACAGACUGAUUAAAAAAAUAAAACUUCAACUGAGGCCACGCUCCGGCGAAAUUAAGGAGUCUUUAUCGUGAGUCAUGCCAUUUACUGUUGUUAUUAAAAGCUUAGUCAGUCACAAUGUACCAAAUUAAGUCAGAGGGAAAUGAUCAGGUUUUCCAGCGAACUAUGGAAACCCAGCACACCGGGCUUUUUCAGGCACCUCCUGUCAGUUACGUUCUUAACACAUUGCCAAAUCUUCCGUCCUCUUCCAUGGGCUGCGCCCAGAUGCCGCAGCCUCCACCUGCCGCUGCAUUUCCGCUUUAUGAGGAGAUGUACAACUGUAUGCAGCAGCGUUGGAUGUACUCACUGUCAGGCGUUCCUGCCCAGGUAAAGCAAGACAGUACGCUAACCCUGGCAUCUGUUCCUGUAAGCAGAACCAAUGAGCAGCCAGCAGCAGAGGACAUGGAUUCACUGCAAGGACCAAACAGUUUUGUCAUGGCACAAGUGCUGGAGAAGACUUUGAAGAAGACAGUCUCUUCUUGGGAACGUGGGAUCGGAUACAGCAUGGCUGUAACUGGAGACGAGACAGAAGCAGGCUCUGUUGCUGCUGGCGACUUUCCCAACUGCCAGCAACGCAACCCCACCUCUAAGCUGUUGAAGACCGAGUCCGGGUUUGGGAGUUACGGCCCUCAGAAGCCUCUAGAGGACUCCUUGCAGAAGAGGGAGCUCCGCCUAAUGAAAAACAGGGAAGCUGCGCGAGAGUGUCGGCGAAAGAAGAAGGAAUACGUCUCGUGCCUUGAAAACCGCGUGGCCGUGCUGGAGCAGCAAAACAAGACUCUCAUAGAGGAGCUCAGAGCCCUGAAAGACAUCUACGGACACAAAGCGGAGUGACUGCGUUGCAGAGGAGAUGGGCAACUUGGGAUCCUGUGGACUUUUGUCUGUUUCAGUGGCGUGUUUUUGAAUGGAGUCUGGAAUAACAAACGCGCUGACACAAAGCACUCCUCGUCGUUAAUUUUCUGUGUUCACACAAUGAUGUCAGGGUUUCAAGGGUCGUAAUUAUCCAACACCAGCAGGACAAACAAGAGCGAGUAUUAGGAGGGGGAAGGUUUGUGAGUGCGUGCCAGUGUUUACUGGACACCAAUGGGUGAGGCUGAGUGAAAAUAGCAGAAGUCACUGCCUUUAUUCAUGCCACUAUCUCAUUUUAUUUGCGUCACAUUGUGUGUUCUGCAUGAUUAGCUCGGCAUUGUUGUGCAUUGCCAGCUGAUGUUGUGGUUGAAAAAAAACUUUAGAAUGUAUUUCCAAAAUCUAAAUUUGCUAUUAUUCCUCUCUUAAAAAAAGACAAAAAUUCCUGAUAGAAUUAUAGUUGCAGGAUAUUUAAUAUUUUAGCUGAAAACCAGACUGUAAGGUCCCAAAGUUUAUAUAUGUGAUGACAUAUCUCAAGACAAGUAUCAUUGCUUAUUUAUUUUUGGGCAGGUUUUUUUUUUUUUUUUUUUUGCCUCAACAGUUUUAUGUUAGAUGUAUAUUUUGUUAAUAAAAUCCCUCAUUUGUUUUGUGAGUGAGGAAAGGAGCUUCGUAUUAACAAUACUGUUUAAACCCAUUUUGCCUGCCGGAUUUUGUGUUUUAUUUAUUUUUGUUAUGUGUUUUUAUUCUCUGCAAAUACUGUUUGAUGGGUUUAGUUUCACCAUAUUAAAAGAUCUUAGACUUUUACACCGAUUUUGCCCAAAUAGUUUUUUUCAUUUUGAUACCGUGCCAUUGCGGAUGCAAUGUAUUGUAAGGAUUGUUUAGUUUUUAGGUUCACAUUUGGAAAAGUUGAGAGAGUAAGAGGAGAUUUAAAUGUGUUGAUAAAGAUUUGAACAUUUAAGGAGUUUUAGUCAAUGCAGAGGAAGUGGUAUGCCAUAAUAAUUCAUUAAAAAAAAUCUUUAUUAAUCCCAUAUGAAUCUUCACAUGCUCCAGAGUAGUCCCCAAAACAGAACCUGUAGGAACAAGCAUUAAAAAGAAAGAUGAUAGCUGGGUAAAAUGCUAAAUGCUAUCAUCCUCUGUUGUAAUUUUUUAUUCUUUACUAUAAAACUGAUGUAUUUUUACCCAAGGUUAUCAAACUUUGAAACUUUUAUACUGACUCAUACCUCAACAAGCUUUUACCACCUUCAUAUUCAACCUUGUGUGACUACUCAGAUGUUUUGUCCUUCAAUUUUUAUACCACUAUCAGAUGUUUUGUCACAUUUUCCGACUGUCAGGCGAAAAGAAAAAAACAUUCUAGUUUUUUGAUAUGCAGUGCACAGUGAGGGAGGAUGAGUGCUUUCUAUAAACGUCACCCAACUGAGAAUGGAUAUUUGAAGAAAACAGAAUGCUUCUAACUAGAAAACGCGAUAUGCCGUCUCCCAUGAAAACCAUAUUAAUCUAAACACCAAGUGUGGACUAGUGGUGAAUUUUGCCGCAUGUAGAUUGCAAUUAUAGAAGAUUUACUGACAGAAUAGACACAGAUUAGGACUUUGAUUAAUUUUGUACUGCAGGAGAUCUGAAACAUAAUCCAGAAGAUGAUCUGCUGUGAAACUGCAUUCCUGUGAAUGCUUCAAACAAAACCCAGCCAUUCUCUGGUUUGACUGAAACAAAACCACACUGGAAAACUCAGUGUUCCAGAGCAAGACGCAUGUCUGAUUUUAGGUCCAGGAUCCAGUCACACAUAUUUUGACAUGACAGCAUCGAUAAAAUAUGUUAAAAUGGUUGUUCUACAUAAGUCAAUUAACACACACACACACACACACACACACACACACACACACACACGCACACACACACACACACACACACACACACACACACACACACACACACACACACACACACACACACACAAA